AUCCAAGAGGGCGUGUUUGUUUCCAGUACCCAGUCUUUCUGUUUCCAGUGUGGAGGAAACCGAGCUCUUUUAUAAGCAAAUACAGCAGUUACUGCUCUGAUCGUUUAAAUAUGUUUACCUUUCUGCUCAUUUGCGGAGGACUCGUCGGGUUUUACCUUCUGCUGUGCGUGACAGUGUUACGACUGCCGAAAUGUAAAAGUACAGCCAAGCUGCACGGGAAGACCGUGAUCGUGACUGGAGCAAACACGGGUAUCGGCAAAGCCACCGCGCUGGAUCUGGCGAAAAGAGGAGCUCGUGUGAUUCUAGCCUGCAGGGAUGAAAGCAGAGCUCAGGCUGCUGUCACAGACAUCCAGAGGGAAUCGGGAAACAAAGAGGUGUUGUAUAUGCACUUAGAUCUGGCCAGUUUGAAGUCUGUGAGGUCUUUCGCUGAAAACUUUCUCAAGAAAGAAUCCAGAUUGGACAUUCUUAUCAACAACGCAGGACUUGUAAUUGAUGGCAAGACUGAGGAUGGCUUUGGAAUGAUCUUUGGCGUCAAUCACCUCGGUCACUUCCUGUUAACCGUCCUGCUGCUGGAAAGGUUAAAAGAGUGUGGCCCCAGCAGAGUUGUGACAGUCUCUUCAAUGGCCCAUUCAUGGGGGACAAUUGAUUUCAGCUCCAUCAACACUCAUAAAGAUUUGGGUUUAGGAAAUUCUGCUACUGCCUUAUUAGGCUUGUACGGUCACAGCAAACUCUGCAAUGUCCUUUUUACGCAUGAACUGGCCAAGAGACUCAAAGGCACAAAUGUCACCUGCUACAGUCUGCAUCCAGGGGCCAUCAAAACGGAAAUUGGUCGUCACAGCAAUCUGUGGUGGCGGAUGUUCAUGGCACCGAUUUUGCUGCUUUUCUUUACGGAUGUAGAAUCUGGAGCUCAGACGUCUCUUUAUUGUGCACUUCAAGAGGGUAUCGAACCCCUGAGUGGACGCUACUUCUCUAGCUGUGCAGUGCAGAAUGUUUUUGCUAAAGCCAGAGAUGACGCAGUAGCCAAAAAGCUUUGGGAAGUCAGCGAGAGGCUUGUUGGUUUAGCGUGAGAUGAUUCGUUUCAUUACACCCGUAUGGAUUUACAUUUGCACAGUCUGUUUAGUGGCACCUGUGGUUAAUUGUGUUGGAUAAAUCAAUGUUCUACAUAUUAAAAAAGCCUGUGUUAAACUUUGUGGUUCAUAACAUGCUCUGACCGCAACAAACAAGCUAUUUAAUUCUUCUAAUAAAACUAUUCUUUGAUAUUUUGAAUGUAACACAAACCGCUGCAUAUAUGACAUGUUUUCACUUCCUGAAGUUUAUUGGACAAGGUUUCCACCACAUAAAUCAUGUUUCUUUGUCAUACCAGAGUAAAGAUGUAACUCGCUAGGUGUGUCUGGGGAUAUCAAGGCCUUACUGUGAUGAAUGCGUCACCUCUCCCUGUUGGAGUAUGUAAAGGAACAAUAUGCACAAUAUGAACAAUAUCAUGUGCGGAUUGCUGGUGUCAAAAAAUAUGCCAUGGAAGGCCAGUUACUCAAUAACUCCAUGAUAAUGUGACUCAAAAACGUUUGGCACCGAGUUCUAUGAUAAUGUCAUCUCUACUAAGAAAUUCAAACAACAUUCAAUCACUUCUCAGUUUUACUAAUAACUACUACAAACUUCAGCUUUGCCAUCACCAGAAUAAAUCACACUAUUUAAAAUAUACAAACUGUGGUGUUUGCUGUAUUUUUUGGUCUCAACAUCUUACCAAAUAAUGUUGUUAGAAAAGCUUAUUCUACCCAGUGUGUGUUUUAAGUUAUAUCUUAACUAUGAUGAUUAUUUAAUAUUUGUUUAAUUAAAAUGUAAUUGUUUAUA